CACACACACACAAUGUUAGUAUGGGAGUGUAUGAUGAGCCGAUGCCUGUGUUUUCUCCUCAUGUCACUCUGCGUUUCAUUGGGACCCGCGGCCAAAAUCGCUGGUUUGAAUCAGAAACCGGUUCUCUCUGGACCCCAUCUCGCUUAUCAAGGGUCUCAAGUCCAGUUCGAAUGCGAAGUUCCAGACUUGCUUUCACCUUUGACCUUUGAACUCUGGAAGGACACCGGUCUUAUUGCAACAGAGCACAACGUCAAGGUGACCUUUGACCUCGAGGUCACUGAGGGGUCAGAGGGCGAAUACUUCUGCAGGGUGACCAGCGGAGGAGUGAGCAGCAACACCAUCCACUUCCAGACCGUGAUUCCAGUGUUGGGCGCACGUGUGUCUGCAAACCCGCACCUGCCGCUGCUGCAUGAAGGACAGACGCUGGUUCUGCGCUGUGUGGUCCGGAAGGGAACACACCUGUCCUUCAGCUGGUUUCAUGAUCAGCACGAGGUGAACGCAUCUUCAGGACUCUACCGCAUCAAUGGAGACACGCUCACGGUGGACAGCGCAGGUGAACGGCAUGCUGGGAUUUACUCCUGCAUGGCUGAAAACCAGGUGACGGUCAACCCGAGAUUCUCCAGCAGCCCCAACAUACAGGUCAUCGUCAAGAAGCACAUUUCUCAGCUGUCUGCGUCUCUAUGGGUGUGGUGGGACGGCGCCGCCCUGCAGGCCAACAUUAGCUGCGCGGUGGCGUCUGGCUCUCCGCCGCUGCUCUUCAGUCUGCUGCUGGACGGACGGCAGCUGGAGCAGAAACAUGUGGAUGCUCUGAGCUCCAGAUUCUCUGUGCCGAUACGCACGGGUCAGGAUCUGGGCUUUGCUCGGUGUAGAGCUCAAACAGACACCCGGACGCUGCUGUCGGACCCUGUGCACUUACACGUGGUUCCUGUAGGUGGCGCUGUGCGUGUGAUGGUGACGUACCUCCAUGAUGUCAGUGCAAUGACAGCAGCCGCUCUGCUCAAAUGCAUCCCAGAAAGAGGAACGUUCCCCCAGUUCUCCUGGUCUGUGAACCAUUCCUCCCUUCCAGCAGGGGGCGACGCUCUCAGCCACCGCGGACAGAUCUUAAUCCUCACAGAUAUCGGUUCCGGUUAUUACCGCUGUCGCGUACGGGACAGUUUCAACGAGAGCUCUGAAUGGCUGGAGAGUGCAGAAGUCUUCGUUCAGAGGACAGAUCCUGCAUUGCCCUCGAUGGAGGUCAUCGCGUUAGUCUUCUGUUGCUUUCUGUCAAUGGUGAUCGUCGGAGGCUCAAUCUUUAUGUUCUGGAGCAUCGAGCGCAAAAACCACACCUGCAAACAGCACAGCAAUCAGUGUGUCCAAACCGACCUAAUAAUCAGUGUGAACGCUCCAGCAGCUGAUGUUUCCCCUGAAACCCAAACUCUGGAAAUGAAAACUGUUAUCAUGGAAUUUGAGGCAUAAAAUCGACCAAUCAGAACUGGAGGACCGAAUGCACGUCUGGAAUCAAUUCGACAACAUCAUCGUUUGUUUGCAAAACCCCUUUAAAAUGCAAAGGAAAAACUUUAUUAUCACUGUUGUUGUUAUGGGAUCCAUGAACUGGUAAAUUUUUGGACCAGUAUAUAAUUGAGUCAAUACCAGACUGCCGAUAAGCUUCAGGAUAAACGAUAUCGUUGACGAUAAUCGCGCUGCUUUGUCUGUUAAUAAACUAGAAGUUGCAGCCUAUCAUUUUAUGUUCCUGAAUAACGUCACCAUGAUAUCUGAAAAUGCAACGUAUAUGCAGUAGUGUAAUCAUGAACAAGAUGAACAUAUAAUAACACAUUUACUAAUAAAACACACCAUCCAACUCAAGAGAUCUACUGUAUUUAGUGUCUCCAUACUUCUGUUUACUUAACAGCUGAUUCGAAUGUUAUCCCUCGAUUGAAUGGACGUUAUCAGUGGUUAUCAGCUGAUAGAUUUGGGCAAGUAAGGCUGUUAUCAUCCAUCCACAUGGUAAAUUAGCUAUAGAUCACAUACGGCUGUGGCUGGAAGUUAAUUUAUUAAAUUAAUUGUAUUUUAUUAACGUGUAGCCCAUACCCUAUACCACAGUAAUGUAAAAACAGAUCUGGAGUCCUCUCUAUUAGUUUAGAUUAACCAUGUGGAUGGAUGAUAAUAGCCUUCUGAGCCUACCAGUAGAUGCACUACUAUUGGCCAAUAUCUAUCAGCUGAUAACCACUGAUAACGCCCAUUCAAUUGAGUAAUAACAUUUGAAGCGGGUGGUAUUUAUUAACUGUGCUAAAGUAUUUUAUAUGUUAUAUUUUUGCAUCAAAUUAUAGAGAACAGCAUUGAUAAGAACCGAUACUUACAUGCAGGCUUGUUAUCAAUACCAACAAUCAAUUCCCAUACC